AGUUCAGGGUUGUCAGAUGUGACAGAAAAAUAGUCAAUAAACAUGUCAAAUGCAUGUUAAAAACAAAAUAAUUUGGGGGUUAUCUAUUGACAAUUUUCUAGACUUCAAAAGCCUGAGUUUGGCAUGCCUCUAGUUUGUAGUAAAGUGUAUAGCCGUUAAACUGUAUCACCAAUCACCACUAUUAAUUUCGGUUUCUGUUAUGAACUUUGAAUUGUAAGCUCAAACUGUAAAUUAAUAUCAGAUUUUUUACAAGAAAUGGCUUCAGUUACAAACGUUGAUCGAACCAAUAGUGAAACAAAUCAUCUGAAUUCACCCAUUAGAGAAGAAUUGGUAAAUACAGCUAUAAAGUUUUUACAGAAUCCAAAAGUCAUAAACAGUUCUUUAGCCCAAAAACAAAACUUUUUACAAAGACGAGGGUUAUCUGAUGAAGAAAUACGAAUUGCUUGUGAAAAAUCUGGAGCAUAUACACAUCAUGAACAGCAGUUAUCUAGUCCAUCACCACCAUAUAGCUAUAGUUUAAAUCCAUAUCAAAAAUCGAUGUCAACACAAAUUACAUUAUUUGACAAAGUCCGUGAUUUAGUACAAAAUAUAGCGCUCUUUAGUAUUGUUGCAUACGUCUUACAUAAAUUUUAUGAGAAAUAUAUAGCACCGUUUUUAUUUGGAAGGAAAAAGAAAAGUGUAGAAGAUAAAAUAGGGGACUUGGAAAAAAACGUAGAGAAUUCCAUAAAUGAUAUUAAAAUUAGUUUAAACGACGUCAAAUCAGAAGUGAACAAAAUCACUUUUUAUACAGAAGAUGAUAUGGUUUCUCAGUUAAAAAAUCUUCAGUCUGAGGUGGCAACUGUAAAAGGUCUUCUGUUAACAAGAAAACAGUUUCCAUCAGUAGCCAACAGUCCUGUGGUACCACCUUCUAUUCCAGCGUGGCAAUUGUCUAGUGUGCAUCAACAACCAGAACAAGAGGGCGACAGUGAAGAAACUAAGGAGGAACUUCUUGAAUUUGGAUCCGGGUCUGGAUCUUCAGAACACGAGCAUGGCAUGAAGACCAGCGAAUCUAGUCUUGAAAUAAUUAACCAUGAGGAUAUAUUAUAGUUGAUUGACAUAGAUAUCAAAAUUAAUGUUGUAAAAUGCUCAGCUAGAGAUUAUGAUACAGAGUCAUGCCAUAGUAAAAAAAGUAGCCGAGAAGAAAGUAUACCAGAUUAAUUCAUCUUGUCCUUUCUGAAGUUUUUUAACAGGUAUAUUUUAAAUUAUCUACUUAUCAAUUGAAAUAACUAUUUACAAGGUAUUUUAAAGUAAAAAGAAAUU